CCCUAAUCCUGCUAGACGCAGGAUCUUCAUCUGACACUUUUCUCACAUGCAGCUUUGACACAUGCUUCUCACCUCAAAACCAACAAACUGGAGUUCAGAAAUCUAUGUAAGCCAUGGUGAUACUACGGCUGUCGAUUUUACUCGUCGUGGUUAACUCUUAUAAAAUUCUCGUUGUCAAUCCCAAGAUAGGAUAUAGUCAUAUGAAUUUCAUGGGUAAAAUUGCUGAUACCCUCGCUGAUGCUGGACAUGAUGUGGUAACCCUACAACCUACCCUCUUCCCCUACCCAAGCAAUGGAACCACGAAGUCUUUUGUGAUUCAAACAUCCAUUGGCAAAGAUUUGCAAAGGGAAUUCAUCAAAGCACAUUACCAAAAGCAACAUAGCAUGUGGACAGCUAGCUGCACAAAUCCUGUCGGUGUUAUCGGAUUUGCUCCCACAUUUGCUCGGAUCAUCGCUGCGUCAGUGUCAAGUGUUUUGGAUGACGACGAGACAAUAGAAAAUUUGAAGUCUGAAAAAUUUGAUGUUGGCAUUACCGAACUGUUUGAUUUUACCGGCAUCGCUGUAUUUGAGGCCAUAGGCCUUAAGAAUAUGAUUGGAACUCAUGCUUCGAACUCAUUAGCUGAAAGCACUGCAUACGCCAUUGGUGCUCCGGUAAUUCCCAGUUUCAUGCCAGCCUCGCAAGGAAUAACGGGCGAUUCAACAUCGCUCUCUACCCGAGCCGUGAAUUUUUUAUUCACUGUGCUGUCGUGGUAUUUCCAGAAAUCUGCAGCCAGUGCGGCUGAGUCUAUGAUGAUGAAGAAAUUGGGGAAAACCGCCACUCCCAUUUGGGAAUGUAUUGCAAAUAUGCCGUUUAUACUAACUAACGCUGACCCUUAUCUGGAUUUUCCAAAACCUACUCUUCAUAAAGUCAUUGACUUAGGUGGUAUAGGUAUACAGGAGCCGAAGGCGCUGAGCAAGGAGUGGGAUCGAAUUCUUGGCUUGCGAUCGCAGACGGUACUGAUCUCAUCUGGAAGCGUCGCAAGGAGUAAUUUCAUGCCAAUUCAAAUAAUGAAUGCCAUUGUUGAAGUUGCUAAAUCUAUUCCUAAGGUUACAUUUAUCUGGAAAUAUGAAGAUCCAGACAACGCACCAUUUGCCGCUGGUAUAAGGAACCUAGUUCUCUCGGCAUGGACUCCUCAAAGUGAUCUGUUGGCUGAUAAUCGCUUGACCUUAUUUGUGACCCAUGGUGGAGCCGGUAGCUUGAUGGAAAGCGCUUUUCGAGGCAAACCCCUCGUUGUUGUACCUUUGUUUGCCGACCAGACUAGAAAUGCUAAGCUGGUAGUAAAGUUCGGUUUCGGAAUGAUGUUGGAUAAGAAAAGCCUUUCCGACAGCAAGGUUAUCAGCGCUACUAUCAGCCGUGUACUUAAUGAUUCGAGGUACCAAAAAGCUGCUCAACGUGUUCGGAACAUCCUGGCUAAGCAAACGCUGUCACCUCAGCAAAAGUUGGUAAAGGCUGUCGAGUUGGCAGCAGAAUUUGGUCAAAUGCCUGAGCUAAGGGUUGCCGGUCGUGAUCUUGGUGUCAUUGCCUACUACAAUCUAGACAUUUAUGUGUUGCUGAUCAUUUCAAUCGCACUUAUUCUUGCUUGUAUGAUAGCUAUUCUCCGGCUAUUGGUCAGAUUACCGAGUGUGAAUCGAAUCGUCAAAAUCAAGAAACAAUGAUUUCUAGGACAAAUAAUGUAAUUAGGUGAACUGCAGUUCUCCUAGAGAUUUGCAAUUAUGUCUAUUGUUAUAGUGAAUUGUAUACAAGUAGAUAUGUGAAUAAGAAAAAUAAAUUAUCUAUUGGUUG